AUGACAAAANUUCAUUCACAAAGAGAAUGUUUUCAAGGUUAUGUAUCAAGUAUCAAACAAUGUUUUUUGGGUUUAUUAGGUGAUUUUGAUCUAGAUUAUUAUAUUGGAGGACAAUAUCCAAUGACAAGUGUUCUAUUACUUAUCUGCUAUAUUGUGGUUAUUACUAUUCUUUUAUUAAAUUUACUCAUUGCUAUGAUGGGCGAUACAUAUGCAGAUGUAAAAAAAAGUGCCAAAAAAUUAUGGCAUUUAGAACGAGCACGUAUUGCACUUGAUCUUGAAAAUGGUAUCUCAAAGUCUAAACGCCACUUAGGUUGCAAUAAAUAUUGGGUAGAUGUACAAGGUGAACGCUAUUUACAAGUUGAACAAGUACACAAUGAUAAUUUUUGUCCUAAAAACGACGAAAUAGGUAAUGAUGAAUAA